CCGGCGCACGCGCACUCGUCCGCGCAACGCGAUAGUCGUAAACAAGAUUUUUUCCGGUUAGCGUUCUCUGCGGUUUGUACGCUCGCGGGGUGGACGCAGCGUCUCGCGAGGGACGCAUCGCUCUUCUGCCGCGUUUUCGCGCGAACCGUAGCGGAGAGGAUGAGCCGUGCGGCGCGGCUCGGCACCUCGUGAUAUAUGAAUUCACGACUCGUUGGCAUGCGGUGACGUCACCCGGAUCGUUCUAGAAGAAUCCUGCAAGACAAUAAUGGCGGAUUUGUACGCCAAGUACAACUGCACGUAUUGUCAGGAAGAUAUCGCGGGCCUACGCGUCAAGUGCAUCGAAUGCCCCGAAUUCGACCUCUGCUUGCAGUGUUUUUCUGCCGGCGCUGAAAUUGGUCAACAUAAAAAUGAUCAUGCCUACAAGUUUAUGGACUCUGGUACCAUCAGUAUAUUCAAUGGUCGUGGUAAUUGGACAGCUAGGGAACAGCUUAGGCUUCUGGACGCUAUCGAACAAUUUGGAUUCGGAAAUUGGGAGGAUAUUAGUAAACAUAUCGAAACGCGUACAUCAGAGGAGGCAAAGGAAGAAUACAUUGCCAGAUAUCUCAAUGGCAAUAUUGGAAAACAUACAUGGCCACCUACGGAGAGCUAUGUACCAAAUGUUACGGAUCAAACUAAGUCGGAUCACGGUCCUCUAUCGCCUGAUCUCACAUACAGAUUACCACCAUUGGACAUUACCCAGGAAGAGGCCGCACAAUUGGGCUACAUGCCUCAGCGAGAUGAUUUUGAGAGAGAUUACAACCACGAAGCCGAAUCUCUCGUUUCUUCAUUAUUCUUAGAUCCUGACGAGGAUGACAAUCUUGAUAUAGCACUGAAGUUGGCACAAGUUGAUAUGUAUACGAAUCAUCUGCGAGAGCGAGCCAGACGGAAACGUGUUGUGAGAGAUUACCAGCUUGUGUCGGCGUUCUUUGCGGCGUCUAGAAAAGACAAGGGAAGAAAAAGGAAACGAACGAAGGAGGAAAAAGAAUUUAGGGACAGAAUGCGCGUGUUUGCACAGUUCUACACAGCACAAGAGCACGAACAGUUCCUAGCAAAUCUCGAGAGGGAAAGAGAAUUGCGUUUACGACUCUCGGAACUUUAUCGAUAUCGUGAGAAUGGUAUUACGAGGCACGAAGAAUGCGCGCACUUCGAGCAAGUGCUUGCGCAAACGCAGAAACAAAACGACACGGCGGACCACUGGACAGAAAAGAAAUCUGUAAGCAUUUGUGAACAGAUUGUAUCAGUUUGCAUUUCACUUAGGGCAGCAGUGGGCCGUCCACGCCAAUACACCGCCACACCUCAAAAAGAAGAAGAAAAAAGUUACUCUUCCAUCGACCGAAAAUACACUAUAAAGCAAGAUUUGCCCAGCAUCUCCACGAUCAAUCAAGCCAGUCACAAUCGGACGACGACUCCGGCCAAUCAGUCGGUGGAGCCGGAUAGCAAUCCAAACACUUCCAGUCAGCCAACUUCCAGUCCCAGUUCCUCGCAAGAGAAGAGUUGCAGUGGUGGUGCUAUUCCUAUACAACAAGAGCGGGACAUAGAAUUAGAAGCUGCGUCGCAUCUUUUAACGAAGCAAGAAAAAUCCCUGUGUAUUCAACUUGAUCUAAAACCGACUCAGUAUUUGACACAAAAGACGCUAUUAUUGCAAGAAUAUUUGAACGGUAAUAGAAGAUCGAACAUUGUACCUCAGUCCGAACCGGAAAGCAAAAUUCUUCAUUAUUUAGUAACCAACGGUUGGAUCGCAGCCAAUUGAUGAAAUGUAAAAAUGUACGACCACUUUGCCAUUCUAAGUCAUCUCUAAUCUUGUAAGCGAAGUCUUAGGUAUAAUUAGAAUUGGAGUCUGGUGUAAUUAACACGUAGAGCAGGAGGAAAGAGGGAGAAAGAGUGAGAGUAAGUGACUGAGCAAGCGAGUGAACGAACGAAUGAGAGCGAGCGAGCGAGCGAGGAAAAGAAUGAAAGAGAGUGCGUGCAUGUUGGUGCAUAUCGCUGCUGGUUCUUCUUUUGUACAGUCAUAUUUAGUGUUACAUCACGCAAUCUAUUGUCCAAUAUAGGAUAAAAUAAAUUCCUAGUUGGGCGCACACAGGUGUGUUCAGUGUCUACGAUGAAUCUGGCGAUGCAUUUAGGCUGAUUUAUUAUUAAAA